GGGUAGGCAACAACCUUGGUCACAAGAUUAAGGCAAGACAAGUUUAUUUGUAUAGCAUAAUUCGUCCACAAAGUAAUUCAGAGUGCUUGAAUAAGAAAUGCAUUAUAAUCACAAUACAAACAAAUCAAAACAUAAAUAAUCAUCAUAUAAUUAACAUUAAAAGAGAAGAGAGAAGAGCGCUGGGAAACGGAUUAAAGUGAAACCUGCAAAGACGACUGGGCCAACACUGAGUGAAAGAAAAGAAUACAAAAACUCGGAUAAGAUUAAGUUCAAGAUGAGCAAGACUGGGAUGUUUGGCUUCCAGCUGGAGGCAGAUGACAGAACAGAAGAGGAGAAGUCCAGACAAAGAGCUCUGUAUAAAGAUGGAUCAGGGUCCUCGCGAGAUCCCCCCAAAGCUCCUAUGGACACAGACUACCAGGAGAAAAUGGACCCACUCAAACCCCAAAUUAGAUUCAACCUGAAUUUUGACAAGGGAAUCCGAAGAUUGAGCAAUAAUAGUGAUAACAGCGUCAACAAUGACAACAGUGACAGCAGACAAAGGUUCACCAGAGAGAUGCUGUUUGAGGCAGUGGCCAGUGGUGACGUCAGCCGAUUGGAUGGGUUGCAUCAGUACCUCCAUCAGAAUAUGAAGAGGCUCUCGGACAGUCUGUAUCAAUCCUAUGGGAAAACAUGUCUUAUGAAAGCACUACUACACCUCAGAGAUGGUAAAAACUUAACAGUGGAGCUUUUAAUCGAUAUCUCUGAAAAAUUGGGCGACAUCCACAAUUUUGUGAAUGCAGCCUACACAAAUAGCUACUAUAAAGGCCAAACAGCCCUGCACAUUGCCAUUGAGAGGAGGAGUGUCUCAUAUGUGCAGCUGCUGGUCAGUAAAGGAGCCGAUGUUCACGCUAAGGCCUGUGGGAAGUUCUUCCAACCACAUGACGGACCCAACUUCUACUUUGGUGAACUGCCCCUUUCCCUGGCAGCCUGCACCAACCAGCCUGAGAUGGUGGACUUUCUGAUGCUGAACGAGUAUAAAAUGGCUGACCCUAAAGAGGUGGACUCUCAUGGGAACACAGUGCUGCACGCUCUGGUCACUAUCGCCGAUAACUCCAAAGAAAACACAGAGUUCAUCACCAGCAUGUACGACCGCAUCCUCAGGACCACCGCCAGCCUGCAGCCAAAAGUCAAACUGGAGGAUAUAGAGAACCACAAUAAGCUCACUCCUCUCAAAAUGGCUGCCAAGACUGGAAAGAUAGGGCUUUUCUCUCACAUCCUGAGACGAGAGUUUCAUGAGCCUCACACCAAACACUUGUCUCGAAAAUUCACUGAGUGGGUUUAUGGUCCGGUGCAAAGUUCCCUCUACGACCUUAACUCUGUGGACUCCCUGGAAAAAAAGUCUGUGCUGGAGAUACUGGUCUACGGCAAUAGCAUUCCAAAUCGUCAUGAGAUGCUUGAGACUGAACCUUUGAAUCACCUGCUUGAUGAGAAGUGGAAGAGAUUUGCUGGAGGAAUGUUUUUCUUCAAUUUUCUGGUCUAUAUGAUGUACCUGAUGGUUUUCACAAUUGUGGCUUAUAAUAAGAAGGACGGCCCUCCCCCGUUUCCUAUUGAGAACACAUUUGAAGGAUAUCUGUAUAUUGCAGGCCAACUGCUGAUAGCACUAGCAAACUUAUUUUUCUUUGUUACAGCUAUUAUAGAAAUGAAAAGGAAGAGGCCAAAGUUAAAAACAUUGCUUAUUGAUGGAUAUUAUGACAUUCUUUUUUUCUCCCAGGCUGUGCUGUUCCUUGUUGCUGCAGUCCUGUAUGUCGGGGGGAGAGAUGAGUAUCUGGGCUUUUUGGUGCUGUGUCUUGCUCUGAGUUGGGUCAAUCUGCUCUACUACUCCAGAGGAGACAAGCACAUGGGCAUCUACAGCGUCAUGAUCCAGAAGAUGAUUCUCAGUGAUAUUCUGCGGUUUCUGUUUGUCUAUGUUGUCUUUCUUUUUGGCUUUUCUGCAGCGGUGGUCACCCUCCUCAUUGAACCCCCUCCUUCCCCUGUAAAGAACACCACAACACAAAGGGGACGCUUUAUGUAUACUCCUCAACCGGCUGAAGAGGGGUUUACCUGUGUGAAACCCACCUUUAGGAACAUUUCGUACACAACACUGGAGCUGUUUAAGUUCACUAUUGGGAUGGGGGACAUGGAGUUCACAGAGCAUUAUCAGUACAAAGAGGUGUUCUACCUUUUACUGAUUGGCUACAUCAUCCUCACCUACAUCCUGCUGCUCAACAUGCUCAUUGCUCUCAUGAACCGCACUGUGGAGAAGCUCACCGAGGAGACCACCGCCAUAUGGAAGCUGCAGAGGGCUAUGACCAUCCUGGAAAUGGAGAAGAGGCUGCCCUGUUGCUUAAAGAAGAAGUUCCGCUGUGGAAUGGACAAGAAGCUGUGCACUGCUCUGGGAGAUGACCGCCGCCACUGCUUUAGAGUGGAGGAAGUCAACUGGAACAAAUGGAACAGCAACCUGGUCAAAAUACAAAUCAAUGAGGACCCCGGACGGUACGACAGAGAGCGGGCCGCCAAUUCACCGCCGCAUAGAGGGCGGAGCUGGAGAGUCUUAUUUCGAGACCGGAGUUUGCGGACUUAUCAGUCCACUGAGAUGCUUCCAGUUUAGCACAUCGGUGUUGGAUAUAGCUAUAGAAGGCACUGAAACAAUGUUUACUAUAAGUUCACCAAAAACUCCUAAUGAGUGAAAAGCCACUUCUUCUGAUUUUGGAUUUUCUGUAAUAUUCCUUAUGUGGAGAACAUUUCAGACUCUUCAACUCAUUAACACAAAAAUCUGAAUAAACACAGGUUUGUGGUGUUUUUCAAAAGAUGCUUCUUCCUCAUCUUCACCUGAACAGGAUGCACCCUGACCAAAGUCAUACAGAGGUUAUAGUUCAUGACCCUGGCCUCCCCUCCAUACCCGUGCCAGAAGAGGCGCAGCUUGUGCAGGUGUUGGUCUCCCUCCCACUGUGUGCCCUUUAAACUGAACCCAUUUUCAUUGCAGGCCAACGAGCCAAAUCUAUUGCAGCUCCUCUGUUCGGGCAUGUGCCUUGCCUACAGUGUUACAGUGAUAGUGUUUGUCACGGGAAGAGUCUGAAUAUUGUGUGAUAAUGUGUUUGAUUAUUAAAAGCUAGGAUAUAUGAAAAAAACUAAAGAAACUAAUGUGUUAUUGUUGUAAAUGUGGUUUAUUUAUAGUCUAUGGUGGAUACUUUUAGGUAUAAAGUUAGUUAAUGUUUA